AUGUCAGGAUACCCGGGCCAGUACGGAGGAUACCAAGGCGGCCCACCGCCGCAGCAGCAAUACGCGCAGGGCGGCUAUUACCCGUAUGAACUCCGAUCUUUGUUCGCGUGCCCGCUCUCAGUCACUAACAUGAAGAGCAAAAGCCCUCCACAGCAAGGAUACAAUGGAUACCCUCCCGCUGGGUCGGGCUACGGCUACCAACAGCCGUCCCCUCAACCCUAUGGUUACAACCAGCCCCCUCUUCCGCAACAAUAUGGUGGAUAUCAGCAGCCCCCGCCUCAACCGAAUUACAACAACCGUCCAGGUGUACCCACCGUGAACUCGAAUGUCUACAUGCACGGAAACCAUAACGCUCCUCCACCGCCGCCCUCACAACCGCAGAGAUUUGGACAUGGCGCGCCAAGUAACUACAACUUCCAGUACUCCAAUUGUACCGGACGGAGAAAGGCGCUGCUGAUUGGCAUCAACUACUUCGGUCAACGCGGUCAGUUGCGUGGUUGUAUCAAUGAUGUGAAGAACAUGUCAGCAUAUCUCGUCGACCGUUUUGGUUAUAAGAGGGAGGAUAUGGUUAUCCUCACUGAUGACCAGCAAAAUCCCAUGAGCCAGCCUACGAAACAGAAUCUCCUCAGAGCCAUGCAUUGGCUCGUGAAAGACGCGAGACCCAACGACUCGCUCUUCUUCCACUACUCAGGGCAUGGUGGUCAAACAAAGGAUCUCGACGGCGAUGAGCCUGACGGAUACGAUGAAGUCAUUUACCCCGUAGACUUCCGCCAAACCGGUCAUAUUACGGAUGAUGAGAUGCACAGAAUCAUGGUUCAACCUUUGCAAGCUGGUGUGAGACUGACUGCUAUCUUCGACUCUUGUCACUCGGGUACUGCGCUCGAUCUCCCUUACAUCUACUCGACCCAGGGUAUCCUCAAGGAGCCCAAUUUGGCCAAGGAGGCCGGCCAAGGCCUUCUCGGUGCUAUUUCGUCAUACAGCCAGGGCGAUCUGGGCGGUGUCGCAAGCAACAUCAUGGGUUUCUUUAAGAAGGCAACGACUGGCGAAGAUGCCUACCAACGCACCAUGGCCACGAAGACGUCGCCUGCUGACGUGAUUAUGUUGUCAGGAAGCAAAGAUGACCAAACUUCAUUCUACAAAGAGUUCCUGCGUGUAUCGCCUCUCCUGGUGGGAUGGCUAAUUCUGGAGACUGGGAGUGAAAGGCGAAAGCCACAAAAACGGAAAAGUUUUGGGCGCGCAAGUCUCUUUCUGGAUAUUUUCUUUUCAUGUUUCUACAUUAUACAUGUUGCGCCAGGCCAACGAUACUCUUUCAUUGCUCUAGAGCAAGUUGCGGCCUACUUGCGGCUGCGGCUUGCUUCUAGAGCGACGAGUUACGUUGGAUCUGUCUCGGUCUACGAGGCCGAUGCAACAAUUGCCUCCCAGGCUACCGGUGCCAUGUCAUGGGCCUUCAUCACGGCCAUGAAGAAGAACCCACAACAGAGCUACGUACAGCUCUUGAACAGUAUCCGUGACGAGCUCGCGAGUCGCUACACGCAGAAGCCGCAGCUCUCAUGCAGUCACCCCCUCAAUACCAACCUCUUGUUCGUCAUGUAA